AUGUAUAAUCAAUCUGGUCUGGUCUGUCGUGUCGAAAAUCCCCGAACUGGAUUCGGCCUCUUUCGUUCUCUGGGCUUGGGCUUGGACUUGGACUUGGUUCCUGGUGGUCAAGUCAAGUCAAGUCAAGACGAGGAAAAGAAAGGAGGAGUGAAUGCAGUCCAAAAUGCCAGAGGCAAGUGCACCUUAAUGCAGUAG